AUGAAAAGGUCGAAAAGAUUGAGGUACAAGAUUACUAAUUCAAGUUGUUCUUUUUCUAGUGUUAAUGAAUCUAAGCAUGUCACUGAAUUUGGGGAAGAAGUAGUAGAAAGGGCAAUUUGUUUGAUGAUCAUAUCUGGUUGUGGAAGCAAUUGGGGUCGAAUUAGUUCUAACACUAAGUCUUUGAAUAAUAAUUCCUUGUCUUUAGAGGUUCAAUCACCAGGCUUAAAGAAUUGGAUCAUGGGAAAUAAGGGUGGUGUUUCUGUUUGUGGUGAUACUGUGAAAUUGGUUGAUUGCAUUUCAGUUUGUAAGAAUGUCUUUGUUGAGAAGAAAGUUUUUGAAUUUAGCAAAAAUAAUUUUAGGUUUGAUAAUGAUGAGGAAAAUAGUGUCGACAUGGAAGAUAGGUUCUUCAAGGGUGUUGCCAAGCUUGAAUGCAGUGAUAAUUCAGCAGGAGAAGAGAAGACAAAAAGAGUUAUUGAGAAUAUGGGUCACAAGUGCUCCAUCUACUUGAAGGUGUUCGCAAUAGGCCAAGCGUUGGGUGGCCACAAGAGAGUUCAUUUCGGCAAAGACCCCAAGAUAGGUACAGAAGAGUCCAGAGUGUUGAAGCAGCAGUUUUUUCUAACAUUUGUGAUGCAUUUGUUCAACUCUAUGUGCAGUUUUCUGGUUUCAUAG